UGAGACACGUCGCGAACAGAUGCGCUCAUUAUUACGAAAUCAUAACUGCUUUGCUUUUUCUGAAGGUAGAAUAAUAGGCUAAUCUCCAAGCAGCGUGAGUAAGGGAUGCGCUCCUGCGCGGAUACAGCGGCUCUUCUGGUCUAGCCGGCGUCAGGCAUGUUGUUCAUGAUGGUAAAACUCAGACUACUCAACACGAUUGCACCUGCAUACUUCUACGCUGCAACCGUGGUCACAUUCGCCCUCCACUUCCUCCUCUUCAUGCCCACUGUUUUCCGAAGUCCAGAUGUGGCGCUAAAUCCCACCAUGCUGGUCCACAUCACUGUCUUUCUCUUCCUCAUGGGGAACGCAUUGGGUAAUUACACAAUGACUAUAUGGUACCCAUCUGAGAGUGGCAACGAGACAGUAAUUCCAGUCUGUUCACCCGACUGCCCGGACCGAAUUGACGCCCACUACCUCCUGAAUGGACGCCACUUCUGUAAAGUGUGUAAGAAAGUGAUUCUAAAACGGGACCACCACUGCUUUUUCACAGGAAACUGCAUCGGGAAUAGGAACAUGCGCUACUUUAUUAUGUUCAGCAUCUAUACAUCCUGCUGUUGUCUGUAUUCGGUGGUAGUCGGGGUGGCGUAUCUUACAAUGGAAUACUCCAUUUCCUUUGAGAACCCACUGAUGUUCCUCACUCUUCUACCGCUCUCGACAGGUUACUUCUUCCUUGGUUUGAUUUCAGGUCUCCAGUUCUUUCUGGUUAUAAUGCUGUAUGUCUGGCUGGGUAUCGGACUGGUUAGCGCCGGUUUCUGCUGUCAGCAGCUUCUACUAGUAGCCCGAGGGCAGACCUGGUGCGAGCUGCAGAAAGGGCAGCUGUCAGAGAGUCGUGGGACCUGGCUUGCCAACCUGACUGAUGUUUUCGGUUCCCGUUGGGCUCUGGGCCUUUUCCUGCCAGUUCAGACUGUGGAGACCAUACCUGGGAACCGGCAGGUCUACCAUGAUCACAGACAUGACUGAAAAGCCAAGAACUUGCCGUAUCAGUGUGUUCAUCAUGAUUUGACCUGUGUCGACCAGUUAUUAAAUGUGAUACAGGCUUCAGUGCAUGCAACUGAUCUACCUUUUCAGUGGAUUUCUGUCAACGCUGCACAAAUUAGGACAGCGUUAUGUCACAAAGAAGUUGUAACACCCAUAUCUAUGUCUAUCAGCACUGUGUUGAAACUCAAUUUCAGCCCUAGUUCAGGGCAGCAGUGAUUAGCAGCAUCAGAGAAGGAGGCCGGGAUUAAAGGUUGAAUGGGUAUUUACAAAACAACGCACACUAGGUAAUCAGCACACUAUUACACAAGCAGGGGUGUGUUUAGUGUUUUGGGGGCCCUCAGCAAGUGUCCUGGGUGGGGCCCCCCACGGUGGAUUUUGAGAUCAAUUCCGGGGUAGGCAUGGUACCGAUACGAUACAGUACGAUAAAUGAUGUAAAUAGAUUCACGUUAUCUUAUUACUGCAGUUUACAAAUGCCUCCAAGCAAACAGAAAAAGGCACAUAAAGCACAUUUUUAAAAUAAAAAGGCCCUUGAGAGAGAGAGAGAGAGAGAGAGAGAGAGAGAUUUCCUCAGCAUACUAUAGCACAACAUAUUUGAACAGCAUGUGCAUAGGAGCAUAACAGAAUAUAAUAAAGAAUUCUGGUGUCUCUAGCGAUUUUUAUUUAAGAAAAUUAAAAUAUUGACUUUCUCAGGGAGCGGGUGUGAUUUCUCCUAACAGAGAGUGUCCCUCUCUGUUUUAGAGGGACUUGAUUUAUCUCUGUUUUUAUCUACAUGAUAAAAAAGGCUUCUUUUUAACAUGUAGAAUUAUUUAUAGUGAUACUCCGAUUAGGAUUUUUACAGAUUCAUUCAGGGCCUGAGUUUCAUUUUUGAAAAUGGGGUGAAUUCCCCUCUUAGGUGACUCUUGUGAGAGGGAGGAUUUAUUUUUAUUGUUUGUCCUGAAGCUUAUCAGUAGUCUGGUAUUGACCCAAUUUUGCCAAUUUUGCUACC